GGGAUAUGGGCGAGAGAGAGAGAGAGAGAGAGAGAGAGAAGGGAGUGAGGAGUGAACGUGUGGGAGAGACUUGAGAAAUAGGAGGAGCUUCUGGGCGACUAGAAAUGUCAAUCAGAGCAAAAGGCGUCCCAAUAAUCUAAAGCAAUCUGUAAGGACCUGACCUUAGUCCAUUCUGAUCAAUAGGGAAGCGAGGGAGGGAAGCGGCCGGCGGAUCGUUUACGCGCGGCCCGUUUUCGGAGGAAAUACAGACUUCCCUUACACUUUUUGUGCUCACUGUACACUGGAUAUCGUAGCGCGCAUCGAGAGAGCGAUUUGUGUGUGUUGUGUGUGUGUGUGUGUGUGUGCGUGCGCGCGUGUGUGCGCACGCGUGUGUGAGAGUGUAUGCGUGUGCGCGAUUUCAGCAGACUGCUGUCGGGUGUUUUUUUUCCCCCCUUCGUCCCCCAACUACAAUGUCUUUCCCACAGUUGGGAUACCAGUACAUCCGACCGAUAUAUGCGCAAGAACGGCAAGGGAUCGGCAGCGCGCGCAGCGGGAGCGAGCUCAGUCCGUCCGGCACGCUCUCCAAUGUUCUCUCCACCAUGUACGGAUCACCUUUCACCGCCGCGCACACCUACGGAGCGUUUCUGCCUUAUUCAAACGACUUGUCCAUUUUCAGUCAGUUGGGAGCUCAGUAUGAACUAAAAGACGGUCCAGGUGUCCAGCACCCAGCGUUUGCUCAUCCUCACCCUGCUUUCUACCCCUAUGGUCAGUACCAGUUCGGAGACCCGUCCAGACCCAAAAAUGCCACCAGGGAGAGCACAAGCACGCUGAAGGCCUGGCUCAGCGAGCACCGCAAGAACCCGUAUCCUACCAAGGGUGAGAAGAUCAUGCUGGCCAUCAUCACCAAGAUGACCCUCACCCAGGUGUCUACUUGGUUCGCCAACGCCCGGAGGAGACUGAAGAAGGAGAACAAGAUGACCUGGACGCCGCGCAACCGCACAGACGAAGAAGGCAACGUGUACGGCAGCGACCACGAAGGUGAGGACGGCGACAAGCGCGAGGACGAGGAAGAGAUCGACUUGGAGAACAUCGACACGGAGCACAUCGAGAGCAAGGACGAGCUGGACGAGCAGGACGAGCUCCACUCGGACUCCAAGCUGGACGCCAGCUGUGACUCGGAAAUCUCGGACGGCUAUGAGGAUUUACCCGGGCCCGAGCCGAAGCUUUUAAAAGCCGUGGCCCAAGAGGGCAAAGACGCGCGCGCGGAUGCAGACCCUGAGCGUCCCGAUCACUUCCACCACCACCAUCACCACCUCCAUCACCACCAUCACCAUCACCUUCCUCAUUCUUUAGACCUCAAAACGCAGCCUCCUCCCAGCAGCGCGCAGAUCAAACUCAACCCGGUGUCCAACUCUCCUCCGGCUGAGAACAACGCAGCCCCGGUGCAAAAACCUAAGAUCUGGUCUUUGGCUGAGACAGCCACGAGCCCGGACAAUCCCCGGAAAUCCCCACUCGUCAACGGGAGCUCAUCCCAGGCCGUCCUGCCUCCUCAUAGACUCGUUUCAUGCCCGGUGGGCAAACUGCAGAACUGGACGAGCCGUGCGUUCUCUGCGCACCAGCUUGCGCUCCUCAACUCAAACCACUAUUUAGGACUGGCCAAUCAGGCUUCAGCCAACGGCCUUGCGCUCUACACCGGCAACAGGCACACGGAAGAGCGCAGUGGCAGCUCAGAGACUGCGCACACAGAGAGAUCUAGUGCCUUGGGAGCAGAGAAAAAGUCAACACAAACUUCCCCCAUGUGUCUCAGGCCUCAGGACCAACCUGAAGCUGCCAUGUUAUUAUCUCCAACCCCCUUCCCUUCUUUCCCUUCAUUUCCCUCAUAAGAGACUGUUUUAUAGCUAAAGCUUCAUUUUAACCUGUCGUAAGGAAUGUUUAAAAAAAGUAAAGAAAAAAAGAAUAACACACCCUGUGUACUUACCUUGUAAGCAUGUCCUUGUGUAUAAUUGCUAAUGCAAUGCUGUAAAAAAAAAUUGUAGUCUGUGAGGUUUUUUUUUCCUUCCUCUUUUUUCCUUUUCUUUUGUUUUGUGAGGAUUCGAUGUUGCAAUGUUUUGUAUGUGUAUAUAUAUAACGUAAAGAAAGAAAAUGUACAUAAUUGUGAUCCGAAAUUGUACAAGAAAGUCUAUAUUUUGGCUAAUAAAUGAACUGCGGCAACUUAA